CAUCACCAAAUCUGACGGACUCCAUUCGUGCCCGUCUCCACUCCCACUGCCGACUCCGGCGAUCCCCAUGGCCACUCGCCGGAGCCCCGCCACCACCCACCACCGUCUCCUCCAUCUACUCCUCCCCUCCCUACUAGCAUGUUCGUCCCUGCUUCCCCUCGCUGACGCCUACCGCCCCGGCGAUAUCGUCCCCAUGCUCCGCUCCGGCCAGUACCACGGCUCCAGGUCGGUGUGGUACGACGUCAUCGGCCGCCACUGCCCGGCCUUCGCGGUCAACCGGGAGGUGUUGAUGCCGAUCCCCAAGCCGACGGGGUUCACUGGCGCGGAUCCGUAUAAGAUAACAUUUCAGAUUGGACACGAGAAGUUCCAUGUUCCUUGGCUUUAUGUUAUAAAUCGCAAAAGCUCUCAAGUUCCAAUGAUUGAUUUCCAUUUGAAGUACUCCGGAAACGAUUUACUUGGUGUCACAGCUAAAGUAGUGGACAUGCCUCACCAUUUUGUGGAACUUCAUCCUGACAUAAAGAAGACUUUCUGGGAUCAACAGAAUUGGCCAAAAAAUGUUCUUGUUAGUUAUACAUGGGAGGAGCAAUCAGAGAUAGAUGUUGCUGGAGGAUUCUAUGUGUUAUUUGGAUCUGGUCUCGUUCUCUCCUUCAUCCUUGCGAUCUACGUCCUGCAAUCAUCUCAAGAAAAGUUGACAAGGUUUGUGCGAGAAGCAGUUUCUGAUAGUAGUCUACCAGAAGGAGGGGUUGCAAAGGUUGAGUGAUAUUUCCACAAGGGGCUGUCAAAUUAUUGACUAGUCUGUCCAUUGAUGGAAACCGCGGCAAAGACAUUCUAAACUCAAGCUGCCAAUUCCACUGCUGCACAAGAGCAUGCAUUUGAAGAACCAGCGGACUAUUUAUUAACUGUUAUAACAUGACAAGUUGAAAGAUAGAUGAACUGUAGAUUUUUUUCCCUUGGUAUAAUGGCGCCCUAAGGAAACUGGAGUAUUGAUUGUUAGUGUGUUCGUCGAUACAGUUUUGUUAUAUGCCUAUGAGAUCUGAAUGUUGCAAGAAUUGACCUGUAUUGGAGUGUAAAAAACAGAUAUGGCACAAAAUACUAGUCUGGAUGUAAAACAGUGAGCCGUUUUAUUUUUGGUAGUAGUAGUACGUACAUUCUCACUA